AUGAUCAUCUUGAAUGCAUUCAAGGACCUGAUUCUGAUGAAAAAUAUUCUUUCAAGAGAACUGCCACAGUCGAUUAAUGUACUUGGUGGAUUGUUCCAUAUACUGGAUGACAACAUGUUUCAACUGGAGAUGUGUGUUGACUCGUGGCCUACAUUCAGUACUGCCAUCUGUUAUGGUCAAAAACAGGUACAGCUUGAAAGUACUCAUCAUCAAAUCUUAAAGGAAAUGGCUUCUCUCAGAGGACUCCAUCUAAAAGAUAUAUCUGGAUGCUUCCGUACCUUCAUCCACUACAGCCCAGAGACAUUCAGCAGGCCACAGAAGACAUACAAGUACAAAAAAACGACGACAAGUUUGAGCGAAUCCCACGCUGUGCUUGUGGUAAACACCCGGCGUCAUGGAACAAGCAAGGAGUGCAUCAAUCUAGUGAAAGCCUAUAUCAAAUACCUCCCAAACUACUGUGUGGUGGAUGAGAAGGGACAACCUGUGUCUUGGCUGCUGACAGAUGAGUUCAACGAGAUCAGGAUGGCCUACACCCAACCAGAAUAUAGACGGGCUGGUCACUUGCGAGAAUUGUACAGCGCCCUGAUUCAACAAAGGAUUUCUGCAGGUCUGCCUGUCUUUGGAUGCAUCCUUAAAGAGAACCGGGCCUCUCAUAAUGCUGCACUAUCAUUUGGCAUGACUCCUUGUAUAGUGACAUACUUUGUGUUGACCUCUGAUGACUGUGUCAAAGCACACCCCAAUACUGGAAAUCUGCCUGUAUAG